AAACGACUGCCCCCCCCAGCCAUCUCGCUGCGCUCCAAAUCCAUGACCUCUGAGCUGGAGGAGAUGGUGGAGAAAGUCUCCCCCUGGAAGAAGAGGAGUGAUUACGAGCCGGCGCUGGCCACGGAGAAGAAGAGGACGGUCUAUCAGAUGGCGCUGAACAAGCUGGACGAGAUCCUGGCUGCAGCUCAGCAGACGAUCAGCGUGGGGGAGGGGCCCAGCUCCGGCGGGCUCCCCUCCCUGGGGAAGGCCCGGGGGCCCAAGGGCUACUUCACCUCCGAGUCAAACUUCGAACCGCAUCGGAUGGGGCAGCCCAGCUACGAGCGCCCGUCGUACCUGCCCCCCGGUGCCCCCCAGGGCCUCAUGCUGCGCCAGAAAUCCAUCG